AUGGCGGACACUCAGCCUAAGAUGACUGCACAGAAUCCGGUGCUUUGCGGGCCUUUGUUAAGGUACACAUACAUUGACUACUCUACGUUAAGAUGGAACGGCUCUAUCCUCCUCGUUCUACAUGGUUCAGAAGCACCUACGUUACACAUCCAACCCGCACUCGACGAAUCACCUUCUGCAACCAGCUUGCUCUCAGAAAAUGGUCAUUCCUUCUGGCGGUUUAGCAUUUCCAUACCACUUUCGGAUGAAGAUGUUCGUGUAUCGUACAAACUUUCCAUUCCUGCCUCAAGCGGAGGGAGCAGCAAGGAGAAGGAGGAGUUUGGGCAGCAUGACAAGGAAUAUGCGUUUUACGUCCCAGCAAAGGACGAGACCAUGCGUAUCAUGUUCCAUUCGUGUAACGGAUUCUCACUUAAUGUCAAAGACGGGACAUUCGCUGGACCGGUAUUAUGGAAGGACGUCUUGCGAGUUCACGCCGAGCAGCCGUUACACGUGAUGAUAGGAGGUGGUGAUCAGGUCUAUUCUGAUGCUGUACGGACAGAAGGACCUUUGCAAGGCUGGGCAGAUACAAAUUCUCCUAGAUGGAAGGCAAAAAUGCCAUUGUCGCCUCAACUUGAAGCUGAAUUGGAUAAUUGGUAUUUCAAGAAUUAUUGUGGUUGGUACAGCAAAGAGCCUUUCUGCGAAGCAGCAGCGAUUAUACCUUCGCUACAAAUUUUUGACGACCAUGAUAUAAUUGAUGGAUUUGGAUCGUAUCAGGACAAGUGGAUGAAGGCACCGAUUUUCCUCGGUAUCGGGAGUGUCGCAUGGAAGUAUUACAUGCUAUUCCAGCAGCACACUCCACCGAAAGGCGAGGCCAAUGAAGACCCGUCGUGGGUGAUUGGGAAAGAGAAAGGCCCAUACAUCCAGGAAUAUUCACGCUCUAUAUGCACGACCCUCGGUGAGCGAGUGGUCUUUUAUGGACUCGAUUGUCGCGUGGAUCGUACACUGGAACGGGUGUGCUAUGGCUCGACCUAUGACUUGAUGUUCGAUCGGUUGAAACGGGAGGUUGUAGUCGGUCGUACAAAUCACUUGAUUUUGCUUCUUGGAGUGCCUAUUGCGUAUCCUCGACUCGUCUGGCUUGAGAAUUUACUGAGUGCACACACCGUCACACUCAUCCGGUGGCUCGACAAGCUCUUCGGCGUUGCGAGUGGUGCUUUCAAUAAAUUCGACGGCUCAGCGGAGCUGCUCGAUGACCUGACCGACCACUGGUGUGCACACACUCAUAAGCCGGAGCGCAAUGCAUUCGUGCAGCGUCUGCAACGAUUUGCGAAGGAGAAACAGGUGCGAGUGACCAUACUGAGUGGGGACGUCCACCUUGCUGCAAUCGGACGCUUUUUCUCGAAGGCCUCGUUGGGAAUCCCCCAGAAUAAGGACCCACGCUACAUGGUCAACAUCAUCUCGAGUGCCAUCACAAAUGCACCGCCGCCGAAAGCGAUUGCGAACAUGCUCAACAAGCGUAACAAGCUGCAUCACCUGGAUGAGCACACAGACGAAAACCUCAUGGCAUUGUUCUAUCAGAAUCCAGAUGGAAAGUCGAACGCAGUCAACCGUACGACACUACCUGCGCGUAACUACUGCAUCAUCACUGAGCAUGCAGGGCUUGUAUUCGCGAACAAGAGGAAGAGAGAGGAUACAUCAGGGGUAGCUUCUGAGGUACAAGGUAAAGAGAAUGAGGGGAAGUACGGAAAAGGGGGAACGAGGGACGGAAGCGACUCAAUGGAUAUGGUGGUCGCACACCGGCAGACUGGGGGUGUGGAUCACCCUUCGGCAUCAGCGCCUCAAAGUGGCACGAAGCGGAAGUACGCUCUCGACGUCUGCAUCCGCGCCGAAAUCAAUCCUAAGAGCGCCGAGGGUCGGACUCUAGCAUAUGGCUUCAGCAUACCUUCUCUGGAGGUAUAA